AUGGAUGUGUUCAAGUUGGAGAGAUACAUUUUCUUUGCAUUAUGUGUCUUCUUUCUUUUGGCCUCAUUAUCAAAUGCCACAUUUAUUGAAAGCAAAGAUAUCACCAAGUGGUCUACCCUUUCAGAUGAAGAAACAAAUUAUGCCUGGGAAGAAGUCCUGGAGUUCUAUCAAUGCCUAGGGAACCCUCACAUCCCCAGCAAUAGAUCCCCAUUUCGCCACUUGAACAAGAGUUUUAAAGUGAUGCGCAGACUUUCUAGCGGAGGUUUGGAGUUCAUUCAUCGCAAACUUUCACCUUUCCGAGAGGUGAUGAAUGACCUAGAUCAAGAGAUUAUACAUGCUGAUUUUGUCCCUGGUCCCUGGCCUGGCACAUUGAAGAUAGGGGUAAAGGGGAAAGUUCAGGAUCAAGUCAUGUACGGGAAGACUGCAGGUUCAAGUCAUCAGGCAGUGUUUAUAUUGGACAAUUACCAUAAUGCUCCCAAAAUCCAUCAAAUCACAAUGAUUCAUGAAUUGACACAACUUGAAUGUGAGACUGGGGAAUUCUGGGGUUAUUUGGAAUGA